AUGGCGGAGAGCGGACCUUCGGACGGCAAACAAGCGACGGCGCCAGCUCAAGGCACGGCGCCCCCCGGCAGCGCGCCACCUCCGACGCAGCAGCGCACCGGCGACGCCCCUGCGAACGCCGCACCAGCAGGUGGCGGCAGCGGCCAGACGGGUGACUCAGCGUACGGCAACACUUCGACGGGCAGCACCAAGGCGGGCGCGACCAAGCACGUCUCCUUCUCCAGCGCCACCGGCAAGACCUCUGACGCGGACAUGCGCGAGGCCGAUGGCAACGCCUCGGCUAACGCUGCAACCCAGGAAACUGGUUACACGAACUCAGAGUCUAAGGCGCCAGACGCGGCUGCAGACGUGAACCUGGAGGGUGCCCCUGAGUUCAAGUUACCACGACACGCGACGCUGGAGGACGUCAGGGGGCUCAUCUUCGCAGGCAUGCUUCGGCAGGAGGAGGUCGACGUCCCCGACUUCGUACUCCCUGAGCGCCCACCGCAUUGGAAACUGCCAACCCCGCCGGAUCUCAAGACCAACGCGUAUCUCGUGGGAGUCCCAGGGAUCGUGAACGACUUCGCGCGGGAGCUCUCCGACGAGGAUCUUCAGGGGUUGAAGGAAGUCUGUGGCGCCAACGCUGGGAUCGACGUCCUGUGUCCGCGUCGUUCGCCUCUUUCCGCAUUCGAGUUGGACAACACCCUGAAUUCCAUCGGUAUUCGACGCGAGAUGGCCUCACUCCUGCGUCACUUCAACAGCACAAGGCUCGCUGAGCGCGUGUUCAAGAUGACUGGUUAUCUGCGUCGACAGGGUUUCACCGCCACUCAGGAAGUAGUCGACACGCGACGCAAGUACAAGGAACUAAAGCGCGCCUGGAAAUUCACGUGCGACUACUGGUUCCUGGUGGUCCAAGAGGCCCUGGGCAAGUCCGAGAAGGCGCAACUCAAGGCGCGCCUUGUCGACUCUGAGGCACAAGUGCGAAUCCUGAAAUCGCGUCUUGAGUCAGCCACCGUGGACCCCUGGAAGUUCUCUGAUUUCCUUCAAGAACACAUAGACUUCACGAGCAAUUGGGAGCGUCUCCACGACCUCUUCAAUCUCUGCAUCAAGGACGCGAAGCCUCCUGAAUCCUGGGACACUGUCAUCAACGUCACGGCCAUGGACAAGCGCAACGCUGCGGUGGCCCCGUAUCCAGAGAAGAGCACGCGUAUGCUGUCUUCAGGGUCUGGGUCGUUCAGUCGUCCUGAAAUUCUGGAUCUCACGGGUCCUGGCAGCAAGUCUCGCAGCGGCGCGAAGGCCGGAGGCAAAACUCAGGAUUCCAGGAAAUCUCAGGGUUCCAAGAAGGGUCAAGGCUCCAGAAAAUCACGGGACCCUGAGGCGCCAGACACACAGUCGAAGUCCGCAAGCCCCCAGGUUCACAAGGUCCAGCGUCGUCCCAAGGGUCAUCAGCCUGGCCGCGACUCCGUGCGUCGCGCCGGCGAGAAGACUGUGGUGUCCAAGGAGGCCGCACACACGAUGCUCCCUGGGCGUGUCGUCUGGAAGGAAGUUCGGCCAGACGUGCGUCAGGCCAUUCUUGCUGGGCUCAAGUACGACACAGCCAUGGAGUGGAUCGGCAGCGACCGGGCGGCUCACGGGCACUUCAGGCAGCCGCAGGUGAGCAAGAUGCUCGUGAGCAUGAUGUACUGGUGUCGUCUUGACCUGACUCCCUGGAGCAAGUACGUCCCUGAAGCCUACUACGAAAUGGCAGACGAGCGUCUGGACAGGUGCCUUCGACGCGGUGAUGUGCCGCCACCCUGGGGGAACCUCGAUGACCACAUGGUGUACCCUGAUGAGGACGCCGAUUCCACGGUGGACGACAUCGAGAACGACCCGGACUACCAGCCUCCCGCCCAGGAACCUGAGGAGAGCGCCUCUAGUAGUAGCUCUGAAGAGGAGGAGGAGGAAGUCACCCUUGAAACUCUGGAGGACGACGACGACGCAGGGGACGACGACAACGCAGAGGCCGACAAUGGGGUAGAAGAACCCCUGGAAGUCAAGCCUCCUGCUAAGCGCCCCCGUUCUGAGUCAACCAAGAAACCUCAGGGUUCCAACUCGAAGUCGACGAAGAAGCGUCGCGCGGGAAACAAGACAGACACUACUGCCACUCAGGGUUCUAGUGGUACUCAGGGGUCCAAGGCUACAUCACGCUCCAAGCAUCCGUCGGCGCUCGCGCGGAAAUCAUACUCGGAGCUCACUUCAAGUGAGUUGAUGACGGCCGAAGAUCCUGAGGACAACGAGACUUCCUGGCGCAUCUAUGAAGUUCUUGUGCAAUAUCCAAGGUCGACCAAGAGUGCGUCUUGCCAGACUCCCGGGUUCCCAGAGUACGAGAUCCACAAGUAUUCGUACGACGUUGUUCACGAGCGCUGGGACCGUGAGGCAUACCAAGAAGUCCUGGAUUCUGAACCCUGGGAGACUAUGCUUCAGGGUCGCUUCCGAGUGUUCUACUUCCAUGAGCGAGAGCUGCUCUCCGCGAAAGCGCUCAAGCUGAUGGAGGACGUCGUGGACGCCAUGCACAAGCACGCACAGGCAAUCUGGGAGCGCGGGCACUGGGUGCCUAUUCCGACUGAAGAACAAGCAGACGCCACCAUGGAAUCUCAGCGUAAGUCGCGUCGAAACGCGCUACGCAGAGCGUACAAGACGCUUGUUGAGCGCUCGCGCAACACCCCCGGGUUCAUCCCGUCGUUGUGGCACGAACCGAGUCUCUGGAAGUUCCCGGACAAGUGCUGCUACUGGGUUUGGGAGGAUCCCAGGGCCAAGAAACUCGGGGGAGCUAAGUGCAAGGACUUAGACGUCCAGCUAGCGACGUUGGACAUUCGUGAACCCGCUCGAGUCCAAUGGAACACGACGACUGACGACGAUGAGUGGCUCCAAAACGUACCGAACGACAUCAAGCGCCACAUCAAGCCCCUGGCCAUCCGCAAGCUCAACCCGCUGUCUCUCAAGCACUCGUGA